CAGACAUUCUACAAGAUCAUUGAGGACCACUCACAUUGAUCCGUUCCUUAUCAUUGUUGGAAAACUUCAUUGUCCAAGAGUAGUGUCUCAUGAUGCUAUUCGUACUUACUGUCGUAACAUUUGAUCGAUCCGGCAUAGUUUCACAGUCAGACCAGUGGGGGAAAAUUUGGUUCAUUUCAAGUUUAAUGAACGAAUCGAUCGUGCUAGUGUUCUUCAGGGGGAGUCAUGAUUGCUAGGUCGUAAACAUCUCCUGGUUUUGAAGCCUCAUGAUGAUUUAACUGCUUAUUUUGGUAUCUGCCCUUGGUGGAUUCAAUUACAUCAGUGUCUGUAGGUUUUGAUGAAUGAGGAAUUUACCAUUUAUUCAGGAAAUCUGAUUGGUCAAUUUUUGGAUGUUUACAUGAUGCUAAUCGUAAUUGCAUUGGCAGAUUUCUCCAUAUUAAAGUAUGAGCGUUUGGCAGAAUGGUAUUAUCAUUGUGGGAUUACUGGGCACAUUGAAAGUGGUUGUCCAACUAAACCAGUGAAUGAAGGCAGUUCUUCCUCCCCUCCUAAAUACGGUAAUUGGCUUAAGGCGACAGGCUACUGGAACCCGUCUUUUUCCAAACGGCCGGUGCAAGAACCAGAUCCAUUUCAUGCUCCGGAUGAUUCUGGCGAAGAAGUUGCUCCUUACACAUCAAUCACACCGUAUUACUUCCAGACUUACUAUCACUCAUCCACCAACCCACGUUCAUGUCUCCACUACUCCCACAAACUGAACACCUUUAGUAUCUUCUAAUCCAGAC